CAGACGCGAGUCUUCUCUCUGUCCGGUGAACCUUAUUCUCAGGGCAGUGCCAUUCUUAUGUCACCGUGGACCAGCCUACCAUCUACCCGUGCAGGAUCCGUAUGCCCCUGCUUCUCUAGCCGCUUUAGACUGUUGCAGAACCCGAACUCUAAUCUUAGCCGGAUCAAGUCCGCAAGUGACUACUUAUCAUGGUGCGGCACCCGCUCAUAGAUGGCGUCCCCAGAAUCGGCAUCGUUCCACUCCUUUUGUCCUCGAUAGGUGCCGUUAGAUAUGGAAGCGCCAAAAGUCGAAGCGGCCCGCUCCGGGCAAGGCACUGGUAAGCUUCUCUCCGGUGUUCAACGGCUCAAGCCAGACAGGGCCUCGUACCUGCGGCAAACCAUCGUCUACCUUGCACUCCUUGUCCCGUCGUACGCUCAAUCAUAUGUUGGCGGCGACCUCUCGAGCCAGGCACCCUACGGCGUGCCGCCUCAAGUCUUUUCCUCGGCAAUAUCCUCCCCCGUGGCCGACGCCAGCUUCCCGAUCCGCGGCUACAACACGUCCAUUCCACCGGGCGGCACCGAUGGGACCGGGAGCCACAUCCACGGCUGGUCCAUCAACGUCGGCGUCGCCGAGAACGUGCCGCUGACGGACUCGGACUAUGCCGGCAUCGACAGGGACAACAAGUGCAUCGACGCGGCGACGUUGUCCAUCACCCCGCCGGCUGACAUAACCACCUGCGAUGAGGAUGGCUGGCGUGUCUGCGCCGUAGUCUUCGCGGAUGGGUUGGGCGGCAGUGCUGUGAACAAGGACGUCCAGGCUAAGUCGGACGGCAGUUGCUCGUCGCUGCUGCCGGACGACUGCAUCCGAAAGCUGCAGGCAGAUGGUGUUGCGAAAGGAGCCAAGGCCAAGGGCAGUGGAUGUGCGGAUCUGAAAAUCCCCGACGAAUGUGCCUCGUACUUUUCCGGGGAGGAUGGCACUGCUUAUAAAAUCUCACCUGUCGGAGGGCCAGAGUACAAAGACCGGCGUUCUCCGUUCUUUGCGUGGGGAUCCAAGCCCAUCUUCAAAGGCAAUAAGACGUCCCUCGCAUCCACGAUGAAGCCGGUCUGGCCCGUGCUGUUGACAUGGUCGCACUUUACCGACACCGGUGAGGUCCAUGACAGCGCUGGACAUCUGUCUUGCGUUAACACGCCGAGUUCGAAACAAGUAGCAACCGGGGAUUCAAGCAGCGAUGGAACCAGCUUCAAGAACGGCGCUUGGGGAGUGGCAGUUCUGCUGGGCGUGGUCAUGUCAAGUCUGGUCCUAGUUUGAAGUCCUGGCGGCAACUGUACGGUCAUCUUAUG